GAUUGAUUGCCUUCUUCUCGGUCUUUUUCUCAUCCGCCUCACUCAUAUAAACCUUCUUCCCAGCACUUCAUCUCAAUCCAUCUAGCACUUGUUCAGCUUUUCUCCUACCACACCUGCGACAAUCACUCAAACAAACAAGCAGCAAUUCGAUAGCACUAUAAAGCCUCCAGACAUCUCAAGAACUCCAAGUCUACCAUGUCUUCAAAUCCCAAGAAAAGGCAGGCCAAGCCGGACGUGUUCAUACUAGCAGCGAAGAAGGUCGCUCGAGCCUCCAAUGUGCAGCCAGAAAACACUGCGAAUAAGCAGGACGAGGUGUUCCAAGUAUCGGUCAAGCUGCACAGAAAGUUCGACCAUUUCCCGGCCAAACUCCGCACGAUACUCGAGACCUCAUACAAAGACACCAUUGACGCCCAGAUGGAUACACUUCAAUCCGGCAAGCAACUAGCGCAACGAUAUACCUAUAGCGUAUUGGUUGGCCAACUGCACCUCAGCCUCGCCAAUAUGCAGCUGCUCGAGGCCUUCAUGGGAAGAAAUCAGGCUGGACUCGGGAAGGCUACAUUUGUUGAGUUGAAGACCAAGGAAGGUCUUGCGAAUGCAGAGUUCAUCCACCUUCAUUCCGUCCGGCAUGGUGAGCUAGGAUGGGGUUUCGACACUCACGGGUGUCUAUCGCUCUACUCAGUCAGUAUCGUGGAUUCUCGACUUAAGGAAGUCGUUUACUUUGUGGAGAGAUCAGAGGUGAAAACUGAAGACGAGGGAUGAACAAUAGGACAGGUAGCAGUGGAGCUAUCAUCUGAAGGAACAACGAGCGGUGAAUAUUUCGAUAUUCAAGGGUUCUGGUCGGAGUUUGCAAUGGGUGGGACUGCUGCUG